AGAGCAUCAAUCUGGGGGGGAAAGAAAAGCGAGAAAAACCCCUCAGUGAAACGUUGGAUUCCCUUUCGCGGAGUGCGACGUUUGUCCGCCCAUAUUUUGCCGGACGGACAUGCAAUUAACAGACUCGGGUGUUGUGUGAGUGACCCCUCAUUACCAUGACAACCCACGUGACCCUGGAGGAUGCGCUUUCCAAUGUGGACCUGCUGGAGGAGCUGCCUCUCCCUGACCAGCAGCCAUGCAUCGAACCCCCUCCCUCCUCCAUCAUGUAUCAGGCAAACUUUGACACCAACUUUGAGGACAGAAAUGCAUUUGUGACUGGCAUUGCACGUUAUAUAGAGCAGGCGACAGUCCACUCCAGCAUGAAUGAGAUGCUUGAGGAGGGACAUGAGUAUGCUGUGAUGCUCUACACUUGGAGAAGCUGCUCCAGAGCCAUCCCUCAGGUGAAAUGCAACGAACAGCCCAACAGAGUGGAGAUCUACGAGAAGACGGUUGAGGUGCUGGAGCCUGAGGUGACCAAGCUCAUGAAGUUCAUGUACUUUCAGCGUAAGGCCAUAGAACGUUUCUGUAGUGAAGUGAAGCGCCUGUGCCAUGCUGAGAGAAGGAAGGACUUUGUGUCGGAGGCUUACCUGCUCACCCUGGGCAAGUUCAUCAACAUGUUUGCAGUGCUGGACGAACUCAAGAACAUGAAGUGUAGUGUCAAAAAUGACCACUCAGCCUACAAAAGGGCAGCCCAGUUCCUAAGGAAGAUGGCCGACCCUCAGUCCAUCCAAGAGUCCCAAAAUCUUUCAAUGUUUUUAGCCAACCACAACAGGAUCACUCAGUGCCUGCACCAACAGUUGGAGGUGAUUUCAGGCUACGAGGAGUUGUUGGCAGACAUAGUCAACAUCAGUGUAGAUUAUUAUGAAAACAAGAUGUAUUUGACACCCAGCGAGAAACACAUGCUGCUGAAGGUGAUGGGCUUUGGUCUGUACCUGAUGGAUGGGAAUGUCAGUAACAUCUACAAACUAGACGCCAAAAAGAGGAUCAACCUGAGCAAGAUCGACAAAUUCUUCAAGCUCCAAGUGGUGCCACUGUUUGGAGACAUGCAGAUAGAGCUGUCACGCUACAUUGAGACCAGCGCUCACUACGAGGAAAACAAGUCCAAAUGGACAUGCACCCAGAGCAGCAUCUCGCCGCAGUACAACCUGUGUGAGCAGAUGGUGCAGAUCAGAGAGGACCACAUCCGUUUCAUCUCAGAGCUGGCACGCUAUAGCAACAGUGAAGUGGUGACAGGCUCUGGCCUGGACAGCCAGAAGUCUGAUGAGGAGUACAGAGAGCUGUUUGACCUGGCACUUAGAGGCCUCCAGCUGCUGUCCAAGUGGAGCACGCAUGUCAUGGAAGUGUACUCGUGGAAGCUAGUCCACCCCACAGAUAAGUUCUGUAACAAGGACUGUCCAGGCACAGCAGAGGAGUAUGAGCGGGCCACACGCUACAAUUACACCAGUGAGGAAAAAUUUGCCCUGGUCGAGGUCAUUGCUAUGAUCAAAGGACUGCAGGUUCUGAUGGGCCGUAUGGAGUCAGUGUUUAACCAGGCCAUAAGGAACACCAUCUAUGCAGCACUGCAGGACUUUGCCCAGAUGACCCUGAGAGAGCCUCUGCGUCAGGCCGUGCGUAAAAAGAAGAAUGUCCUCAUCAGUGUUCUUCAGGCCAUUCGUAAGACUAUCUGUGACUGGGAGGGGGCAAGGGAACCUCCCAAUGACCCUUGUCUGAGGGGCGAAAAAGAUCCCAAAGGAGGUUUCGACAUCAAGGUUCCCCGCCGGGCGGUAGGACCCUCCAGCACACAGCUGUACAUGGUGCGUACUAUGCUGGAGUCUCUGAUAGCAGAUAAGAGUGGCUCUAAGAAGACUCUGCGCAGCAGUCUUGAUGGACCCAUAGUCCUGGCAAUAGAAGACUUCCAUAAACAGUCUUUCUUCUUCACACAUCUGCUAAAUUUCAGCGAGGCCCUGCAACAGUGCUGUGACCUGUCCCAGCUUUGGUUCAGGGAGUUCUUCCUGGAGCUGACCAUGGGCCGCAGAAUUCAGUUCCCCAUCGAAAUGUCCAUGCCCUGGAUCCUCACCGAUCACAUCCUGGAGACCAAGGAGCCCUCCAUGAUGGAAUAUGUGCUGUAUCCUCUAGACCUGUACAAUGACAGUGGCUACUAUGCCCUCACAAAGUUCAAGAAACAAUUCCUCUACGAUGAAAUUGAGGCUGAGGUAAACCUUUGCUUUGAUCAGUUUGUCUACAAAUUAGCCGAUCAGAUAUUUGCCUACUACAAAGCAAUGGCUGGAAGUGUCCUCCUGGACAAGCGCUUCAGAGCAGAGUGUAAAAACUAUGGUGUGAUCAUUCCCUACCCUCCAUCAAACCGUUAUGAGACGCUGCUCAAACAGAGACAUGUGCAGCUACUAGGGCGCUCUAUUGAUUUGAAUCGUCUGAUCACCCAGAGGAUCUCAGCGGCCAUGUACAAGUCUCUGGAUCAGGCCAUCAGCCGCUUUGAGAGCGAGGAUCUAACCUCCAUUGUGGAGCUGGAAUGGUUAUUGGAGAUUAACAGACUAACACACCGACUCCUGUCGAAGCACAUGACUCUGGACAGCUUUGAUGCCAUGUUCCGAGAGGCCAACCACAAUGUCUCCGCUCCUUAUGGUCGCAUUACACUCCACGUAUUCUGGGAACUCAACUUUGACUUCCUGCCCAACUACUGCUAUAAUGGAUCCACAAACCGCUUUGUUCGCACAGCAAUUCCCUUCACCCAGGAACCUCAGAGAGACAAGCCAGCCAAUGUGCAGCCUUACUAUCUAUAUGGGUCAAAGCCUCUGAACAUUGCCUACUCCCACAUAUAUAGCUCCUACAGGAACUUUGUUGGCCCCCCUCACUUUAAGACUAUCUGCCGUCUCCUUGGUUACCAAGGCAUUGCUGUGGUAAUGGAGGAGCUGCUCAAAAUUGUCAAGAGCCUGUUACAGGGCACCAUCCUGCAAUAUGUGAAAACACUGAUAGAAGUCAUGCCCAAAAUCUGCCGCCUGCCACGUCAUGAGUAUGGCUCCCCAGGUAUUCUUGAGUUCUUCCACCACCAGCUCAAGGACAUCAUUGAAUAUGCUGAGCUGAAGACGGAUGUCUUCCAAAGCUUAAGGGAGGUGGGCAAUGCCAUCCUCUUCUGUCUGCUCAUCGAGCAAGCUCUGUCCCAGGAGGAAGUGUGUGAUCUGCUUCAUGCAGCCCCUUUUCAGAACAUUCUGCCCAGAGUCUAUAUCAAAGAGGGAGAGCGUCUGGAGGUGAGAAUGAAAAGGCUGGAGGCAAAGUACGCUCCUCUCCACCUCGUGCCUCUAAUUGAGAGGCUGGGUACCCCCCAGCAAAUUGCCAUAGCUCGUGAGGGGGACCUGUUGACCAAAGAGCGCCUGUGCUGUGGCCUUUCCAUGUUUGAGGUCAUCCUGACACGCAUCCGCAGCUUCUUGCAGGACGGGGUGUGGCGUGGGCCACCACCCACCAAUGGUGUCAUGCACGUUGAUGAGUGUAUGGAAUUUCACCGCCUGUGGAGUGCCAUGCAGUUUGUUUAUUGCAUCCCUGUGGGCACUCAUGAGUUUACAGCAGAGCAGUGCUUUGGGGAUGGACUGAAUUGGGCCGGCUGUUCCAUUAUUGUACUGUUGGGUCAACAGCGCCGCUUUGAUCUCUUUGACUUCUGUUAUCACCUGCUGAAAGUCCAAAGACAGGAUGGCAAGGAUGAGAUCAUCAAAAAUGUGCCCUUGAAAAAGAUGGCGGAUCGCAUCAGGAAGUAUCAGAUUUUGAACAAUGAGAUCUUUGCCAUCCUCAACAAGUACAUGAAGGCUGUGGAAACGGACAGUUCCACUGUGGAGCACGUUCGCUGUUUCCAGCCUCCUAUUCACCAGUCUCUGGCCACCACCUGCUGAAAACAGCCCUUGUAUAUGAUACACACCCACAUGCGUGCACAUACAUUCACACACACCCUUCUCUUCUGAUACACAUUCUGUCUCUCCAUGGUCUGCUCUACUCAGAGCUAUAGAUUAACUAUGAGGGCACAUGCUGGCACCAAGUAUAUACCAAGACCAGUUAAGUCAAACUCUUCCUAUCUAGAUUGUUGUCUUGGAUUCUUGAAGACAUGGUACACAUGCAAUUCUAUAUCUCUGAACAAGCCUACUUUUGUACAUCUAUGGCUCUGAUCUCCCCCCUCUAAAUCCCUUGAAAUCAAUAGUGUUUUCAAGACCAGUGGCAGAUGUAUAUCAUUCUCAUGCUUUUUCUUUUCCAAUUUGUGUGGCUUUCACUCAGACUCAUGCAUGCCUUUUCUUGUUCCUACAGCUUUACAACUGCACAUUUAAACAGUGACACAAAUGCCAACAGAGCAGUUCUGUAUUAGUCUGUAAUCAGU